CAAGGCAUAUCUGCCCCGAUUUUAUUUUUAAUACGAAUGUUCUGUAGCAGAUUAGUGCUUCUGGCGCGCGAGCUGUUGUUAAAGCGAUUCGUUUGAAAACCGGUCAUCACACUUCAAUACUAAACAUGGUCGAGCCCGCUAAAGAGCGGUUUGGUGGAACAGCGCUGGCAACAGGCAUCAGUAUUAUAGCCAUCUUGAUUUCUCUACUUUGCCUUGUCCAUGUCUUCUUCCUCGCCUCGCAUCAGCCACAGUGCAAUUGUCCGCAAAAUGGAGUGCUCGACAACUCAAGCGAUAAAACAACGCAAGAUGUAAAGAAGACAUUCACUGCUAAAGAGAAAACCUCUACAAAAACACGAUCAGAUGCGGCUAAAACUUUUGAGCAAGUGACGGAGGGAAGAAAAGUGAGAUUGCGUCGGCAGAAUCAAAAUAAUGGACAGGUCAAUGGCAACACGGCUUUUGGUGGUUACCUGCAUAAUGCUAUUUUGCGAUUGCAACAGCAAAUGAUUGCCGUGGAGGGAAGAGCUCAAUACUUACAGGACCAGUACUCGAAGACCGUAAAUCGGGCAACACCCCGUGGGCCUCCGGGUGCGCCUGGAGUACCCGGCAGAGACGGAAGUGACGGAAGGUCAGGAAUGGACGGUCCAACGGGGCUCCCUGGCAGAGAUGGACCCCCAGGAAAAGAUGGUUAUCCCGGUUCAGCAGGGGCUGCGGGGCCUCCGGGUGUAAAUGGUCUUCCAGGGCAUCGUGGAGAGAGAGGUUUAAAAGGAGAGAGGGGUGAUCUUGGUCUGAAAGGUGAUAGAGGUUUACCUGGAAUGAAGGGAGGAAGAGGAGUUCCCGGUAUACCGGGAGAGGACGGCGAACCAGGACUUCCCGGUACGGUGGGGAGCAAAGGUAAUAAAGGUGAACGUGGGAAGACGACUUGUUAUGUCACGGAGCGGGGUCGGAGGGUGGAGAAAUCGUGCUUCGAGGCUGCUUCUUAUGAAGAAAUUGGCCGGGAUCAAAGUAAGGAUGCUGGAGGGGCACUUACUUACGUUCGAUGGGGAAGGACCACGUGCCCCGUGGGAGGUGCAACGAUAGUGUACUCAGGACAAGCUGCAGGCACACGUCAUGACAAAGCUCGUACAGGGGGGUCCCCUUACAUCUGCGUACCCAACCAGCCGUGGUACUUUGGUCAAGUGGAUCCCAGUACUCCACUCGGCAACGUUUCCCAGGUAAACCGCGAUGCGCUGAAGCAGGACGAGACACGCAGCAUCUUACACGGCACUUACUUCUACUUGUCAUGUGUGUUGUGCCUGGUCAGGACCCGAAGCGUGCAGAUCAUGCUGCCGGCUCGAAAGGAAUGCUAUCGAGGCUGGCAUCGGGAGUAUGAUGGUUACCUGGUGGUGCAGUCGAACCGGAAGGACCACAAAGACGUCAUCUGCUUGGACCGGGAAUCCAGGAAUCUACUGAAAGAUGCCACAUACGUCCGAGGGCUUUUUGCGAGUUGUGAGACGUUCUCCUGCCCGCCAUAUGUAGAAACAGAGAGACUCCCUUGUGUUGUUUGCACGAUUUAGAUAUAAUGCUAACUGUCUUGGACAGAUAAAGCCCGUUCGUUUAACUCUUAAGUGUAGGCUAAGCUGGUUUUGAUUAAUUUUAAGCUUCACUUUCAUCGCUGCUAAAUUAGUUUCAGAUUGAAUUUUCCAUCCCACCGUGAAGAUCAUUAGUUCUUCGUAGCGCUUUUCGAGUACUGCGCGUUAUAACCAAAACCCAAGUUAUUUGAACGUCCAGUCAAAGCAAAGUACAAUAUUACACAAGGACCCAAUCAGCAGGUGAAGUAAAAUCAUAACAGUCAUCCUAAAGCACUGGACACUAGUGACUCAGUCAAGAUUGGUUUCAGUCAAGCAUCUGAUUGGUUGAGAGAGUAACGCGUAGUUUCUGAACAAAUAGUAUGUUAACCCUUUAAACCCUAAAAUGAUCAGCUUCUAAUUUCUCCUCACAAUAAUACUUCUGAAUUCUUCGUUAAGAUCACGAGAAAACAAGAAAAUGAUCGCGAACUAAAGAGGUUUUGAUUGUCAAACAAAUUCUCCUUGUCAGUACCAAAGGAAAUGAACACAGAAGAGUAUGGAGAAUCUGGAUACUGAUGUUAGGGAGUAAAGGGUUAGGUGAAACCGAUACAAUCCAGAGUAGUUUUAUAUUCCGGUUAAAAUUUACUUCAAAGACUUCACGCCAUUAGCUCCGCUCUGCCAGUGCGUUAUUAUUAUUAAUUUUUUAUAAGUUGUGUAAACUCUAAGCUCGGGUAGUAGAAUUUGUUUCACAACGGAAAAAGUGCAUUAAACGAUAAUCAA